GUUUCUAUGAGAGGUGGUAGUAAACCAGAAGAAGGCUAUGUCAAUAUUAAAAUAAAUGGUAGGAAUGGAGUUAUUUGUGCCGUCGGAUGGAAUAAUUUUGCAGCUGAUGUAGUUUGUCGUCAACUUGGUUACUUGGCUGCUUCAUCUUCCUCAGGUAAAGGUGUACUACAAUUUUUGCAACUAUGA